GCAUUUUCACACGCGUCCCCGCAGAUACGUAUGAUACAUAUAUUAUAAAUAUAAACGGGCGUACGACAUCACUCGAGUCACAGAAACCGCCAGAAAAGUCUAUAAUAUCUUCUCGCCACUGGUUAAACGUUAUAUUAAUAUAAAAUCAGGUAUACGGGAUUUCGUUUCCAUUCCGACGACGAUGACGAAUAAUAAUUUGAACAAUCCGAGGAGCCGUAGCGGAAUCUUUUCGUUGCUAGCUGUCGCGAUCGCUGCAACCGUGCUCGCCCAUCAGCCCGCAACUGUCCGCUGCGCCGAUGGCGAAAUUAUAUCUCCGCAACAAAAGCAACUGCACACGAUGGAGUUCACCGCGCCAUCGGGCUACUACGUGUCCACGUACGAUCAUAUAGACGUCGGCCGAUUGCUGCGAAACAACAAGGUGGUUUCGGGCUACGUCAAAUGUUUCGUCAACGAGGGACCUUGCACGCCUGACGGCAAAUUAGCCAAAGCGUACUUGUUGCCCGAGAUCAUACGCACUGUGUGUGGAAAGUGCACACCAAGGCAAAAAGACAUGGCCCGGAUGGUACUGAGACACAUUUACACGUACAGGCGAGCAGAUUUCGAUAAAAUCAUGCAGAUUUACGACACGGAUGGCAAGAGAAACGAGAUACUCGCUUUCAUGAACCAAUAGUUCACCCAUAAUAUUCGGCUGCAUUAUUAUUCUAUUGUAAAACAUUAGGUAAUGAUACAUGUAAUGCUAUACUGUGUUUUACCUUAUCACCAUCAUUCGUUACACCCUUCAACAUUAACAUCUACCACGAGACUACUAGCUAUAAUAUUAUGUAAUAACUACUGCCGAUUUUAACCCGACGAAUCGGAAAGUCUAUUUUUUUUUAAUCUUCUCCCUUUUCUUCGGUUAGUCAUAGUUAUUAAUCAGGAAUAUAUAUUUAAAAUACUUUUUAUACCUAAUAGUUUACACUUUAUAUUUAUAAUAUUAUACAUACCAGCUAUUAUAUAUCAUUAUAACUAUAAUAUUUAUACAUAAAUAUAUUUACUCAAAUACAAUCGAUUGCUUGUGACAU